GCCAUGGGGGAAGCGGACCCCGGGGAGUCGCGGGCGGCGGCGGGCAGCCCGGUCUCGGCGGAGGCGCUGCAGAAGCCGCCGUACUCCUACGUGGCGCUGAUCGCCAUGGCCAUCCGGGCCAGCCCCGAGCAGCGGCUGCCCCUGAGCGGCAUCUACGCCUACAUCGCGGGGCGCUUCCCCUACUACCGCGGCGGCCCCAAGGGCUGGCAGAACAGCGUCCGCCACAACCUCAGCCUCAACCCCUGCUUCCGCCGCCUGCCCCGCCGCGACGGCCCCGCCGCCCCCCGCCGCGGCGGCGACUGGGCGCUGGACCCCGCCUUCCAGGACAUGUUCCCCGAGGGCGACUACCGCCGUCGCCGCCGCCGUCCGCGCCGUCCGUCUCCCCCGCCGCCGCCCCCCGCCGCGCCGCCCCCAGCCACCGCGCCCUGGCCGCUGCCGCUGCCCCCGCCGCCGCUCGCCGGCGGCCCCGCCGCCUGCCCGCACGGUCCCUGCGCGGCGCUGCCGUUGCCGCUGCCCCGCGGCUGCCGCUGCGGCGAGUUGCCCGGCUGGGGCCCGCCCGCCUUCCUGGGGCCGCCGCAGGGGCUGCCAGCCUGGCCGCUUCCCGGCGGCGCCGGGGCGAGGGCGGCUCUGCGCCCGGCAGACCUGGAUCUUGGGGGAACCUGCGAUUUUGGGGCAAAGCUGCCCCCCUCCUUUAAAUAAAGUCCCCGACGGGAGAUGCGCUGCCCUGGGACGGGCGCUGCUCUGCUUGGCAGAGCUGGAGUCGGCUUGCUGUUGCGGGUUUCGGGGUGCUUCUGCAUCUCGACUGAAUUUCUGAAAAAGUGACUUAAAAAGGCUCUGCUGUGGGAAAUGCUUGAAGGAAGAUGGAUCUUAAAAGUUCCUGUUCGUACAGCAGCCCUGCUGCUGGUUAAAGGCUUUCUUCAGAAGAAAUAGUUGCAGUGACGAAGAUGUGCCGCUUUGUUUGACUCCUACGCUGUGAGGAGUGUGAAUUGUGCUUCUGUUCUGCUUUAUCCGUUUGGAUUUGGGGAGGGGGGGGCAUGAUUUUGCUGUUUGAACCUUCAGGCUUGCUUGAAGGAGGGCUGCAGAACUUGAGCCAAGCUAAUCAGUAUCUUCUCAAAUCUGAAAGUACAUGAAGAGUCAUGCAGAUGCUACUCCUUGCAAAAGCGAAACUUGGUUCACGCAGGGAAGUUAUUUUUUCAAGUGUCCUUAAACUUAUUUUGGAGCUUUUCUUUCAAGGUUUAUGAAAAAGCAAUAUAUGUAUUUUUUGGUUUGGGGGACCCCCCAACAAAACACAAAGAUCUUUGGAGUAAUUGUUAGUUUGUAUUUAAAGAGAAUCUCUGGGAUUUUUCACACACUAAAAGGUUGUAUUAUAUUGUUGCUUGUUAUAUAUGUUUACAUAUGUUAAUUCUUAACAUGUUUCUUAUAAAUGAUGCUCUAAUUACUAUGUAAGAGUCUUUUUGCCUUUCAGUUUCGAAGGGAGUAGUUUCUGUGCUUUUCCCUCGAAAUAAGUGUUCAGACACAAAAUGUGCUUCUAAUAAGAAUGGUGGUUUAAAGGAGAGAAGAGUUCAAACACUGUUAUGUGAAGAGCAGCACUUGAAUGUUAUAUUUUAUGACUUUAAUAAAUUGUCCUUCCUGAGAGUUGUGGCUUCAGAAAGUACUUAAACUAUUUUGAUGCUUUCUUGGUGAUCCUUGAAAGAAGGUGCAAAUUAAAUCCAGUUUUAUAGUCAUUUUAUAUUUUCUUAUACUUACAAAGUGAUUCUGAAUGUCAUCUUUAAAUUUGAGCAAUAUGAUAUACACAAUGCUGGAAACAUUGUUAGAUUUACCUGGGGCAACGACUUUACAGUUGUUCUUACAGGAUGCCAACGUAUUAAAGAUACUGCAGUUUUAUCAUUUUUCAGGUUGCUUUUUGUUCUCUGUCUCAUUUUUCAUGUAGCCCCUGAUAAUCUUGAACACUAAACUACUUGCUA